AUGAAGACAACUCCAGAUCUCGGUGGCCUGAAAUGGAUUCGCACCAUGUGGGGGCUAGAGCCUCGGUGGUCGGUUGAACUCGACGAAGACGCGAUUAAAGAGACUGUUCAGGCGGCGCUCCAUCUCACCGGAAUAUUUGAUAUCGAAUUUUUAGCAAAGGGGGUAUUCAACAGGCUUUACACCUUAAAAUCUGCCGACAAGGAGCUGGUUGCCAGGGUUACUUUACCUAUCGACCCCAAAUGGAAAACCCUAAGCGAGGUUGCAACGAUGCAAUGGGUAACCCAGAACACAUCACUUCCGGUGCCUCGCGUUCUAGCCUAUAACGCCGUCAGAUCAAAUCCUAUCGGGUUUGAAUGGAUCGUGAUGGACAAGGUCCCAGGCAAGCCGUGGGCAGAUAUUUGGCAAUCGAUCUCAUUUGGCGCAAAGACCAAGAUUGUCUGCCAAGUUGCUCUGUUUUGCUCAAACACCUUCCAAAAGCAAAUGACAGGUAUCGGCAGCUUAUUCAAACACACGGACGAACUCAAAUUUACAUCAACUCAGCUUAAUAAGACUUGGUCUCCAUCAGCAAGUCUUCUGGAAGAGUCUAGUCCUCUAGACUCUUCCCACGAUCGAGAACCUGAUGAUAUAGAAUCAUGUACAUCCUCAACUUUCCAUCUUGGGAGAACGGUUUCCACGUCUUUCAUCACCCGGGCAACUCACGCUAACGUAUCCUAUGGUCCGUUUGCUACUGGUCGAGAUUGGUUGUGUGCAAGACUAGAUGUUGCGGAGCGCGAUUGUCGCCAUCGUUUGGCCAUCGUGAAGCGUUGUGCUUUGAAGACCGAAAAUGAACAGCAAGAACAACCUAAGCAUAUGCAAACUGUAACGAAAACAAUUCGAGAAGAUCACAAUGACGAAAAUACAGAUAGAGAGAGCGACCAGCCUGAACAAAUCAACCAAGGUUGUGUUGAGGAUGAUAUAGACGAAGUUGCCAAAUGUUUUCAGGUUUCUAUUGAUCAAGGCUCUCUCAGCAUCAUCGAGGGCCAAGUAAUCGCCGAGGAUGAAGACCCAGAGCUUGGUAGUGAAAGUGAUAAGGACGAAGACGACGAAGAAGAAGAUCUAGAGGACCUCGAAAAUUCUCUUCUCAUUAUCGCAAAACUGCGAAACCAGCUUGACAACUUUUUCCCCAAGGCUCAGCCUGACUCAAGUCCCGAACCCUCCAUGAUUUUCCACGACGACUUGAGUCGACAUAACAUCCUUAUCGACGAGAAUGGCCUCCUUUCUGCUGUUGUGGACUGGGAAUGUGUUUCUACGUUACCAUUGUCAAUAGCCUGCCAGUAUCCUUCGUUUCUUCAAGGGCACACACUUGAUACUGAGCCGAUUAAGAGCAAAUACCAACACGAUGAAGAUGGAGAAGUUACGGAGCUUUACUGGGAACACCUUGAGAACUAUGAGUUGACACAGUUACGGCGCGUCUUUUUGGAGGAAAUGCAAAAGUUACAACCGGGAUGGGUCAAAGUCUUUUACUCCAGCAAGCGGCAGAGGGAUUAUGUUCUCGCCCUUGAGGCAUUUGAUGACCUUUUCAUGAUUCGCAGAAUUCUGAGUUGGCUUGAGGAUGUGGAGUCGGAGAAAUCUGUCUUUCCAGGGCUAGAGGAUCGGAUAGACGCAGGCACACUCUGA